AUGGUAGAGGAGGGCGGAGGCGUGUCGAGGGCGGGCGAUGUGCGCUCGGGAACCCCAAAGCCCUACAAAGUGAAGGACGGACCGUUGUCGUGGAUUACUGAUAAAGUGAAGGACAUUUUGCAUCAAAAUAUUGUGGAGGGCGUCAGAGUUUUUACCAUCAAUAUGGGGAGCAAAGCACUGCACGCACCAAUUCCGCUGCACCCGGCUCUGCAGCUCACCAACUAUUCGUUCCUGCAGGCUGUCAAUGCCUUCCCCGCGGACCAGCUGCAGGGGCUGUACGGCCUGAGCGCGGUCCAGACGAUGCAAAUGAACCAUUGGACUCUUGGCUACCCACAUAUCCAGGGCCUACGCUCCACCAUUACCGAGAUGGCAGCGGCCCAAGGGCUGAUGGACCCCCGUCUUCCUUUCCACGCGCUGCCCUUCACAGCCGCAGCCCAACUCUUUCACCCCAAACAAGGCAUGAGUGCGCACGUUGUGCAGUCGCUACAUAAAGACAGACCGAGGUUUGAUUUUGCCAAUCUGGCGCUUGCCGCGACGCAAGAAGACCCACCAAAAGCAGCAAACUUGUCCAAAUUGACUUCAGGACUGGGAGGAACAAUCUCUGAACUGAGCAAGCUCUCCCCAGAAAGAAAGCCCACACGGGGCAGGCUCCCGUCCAAGACUAAAAAGGAAUUUAUUUGCAAAUUCUGCGGAAGGCAUUUCACUAAAUCGUACAACCUGCUCAUCCAUGAGCGGACCCACACUGACGAACGGCCGUACACCUGUGACAUCUGCCAUAAGGCCUUCAGGAGGCAGGACCACCUCAGAGAUCACAGAUACAUUCACUCCAAGGAAAAACCAUUUAAAUGUCAGGAAUGCGGGAAGGGAUUCUGUCAGUCUCGCACUCUUGCCGUUCAUAAAACCUUACACAUGCAGACAUCAAGCCCUACAGCUGUGGCUGCUGCAGAAAGGUGUUUCGGCGCAACUCCAGGGAGGAGAGGCAGUAAUAAGGGCAAAGGCACGAUGUUGGAGUCCUAUGUUACACCGCUUCUGAUGAGCUACGUCAACAAGUACAUCAAAAACCUGAAACCAUCAGACCUGCAGCUCUCUCUGUGGGGUGGGGAUGUAGUCCUGAGCAAACUAGAUCUCAAACUGGAUGUACUGGAACAGGAGUUGAAGCUACCCUUUACUUUUAUGAGUGGUCACAUACAUGAGUUGCGAAUCCAUGUACCCUGGACCAAAUUAGGCUCCGAGCCCGUUGUCAUCACUAUCAACACCAUGGAGUGUAUUCUCAAACUUCGAGAUGGAGCCCAGGAUGACCAUGAAAGUGGCUCCAGCUCCACUAGUCGCAGUGUUUCCGAGAGCUCGAAGACCCUGGCCAAACCCCGACGCAUCCAGCAGGCCACUCCAAGUGACCCAGACCUGCCCCCAGGCUAUGUACAGAGUCUAAUCAGGCGUGUGGUGAACAAUGUCAAUAUCGUGGUGAACAACCUAAUCCUGAAGUAUGUGGAGGAUGACAUUGUGUUGUCCGUCAACAUCACUGCAGCCGAAUGCUACACUGUGGAUGACAUGUGGGAGAGGGCUUUCAUGGACAUCACUGCUCCAGAUCUUGUGCUCCGAAAGGUCAUUAACUUUGCCGACUGUACGGUUUGCCUGGACAAGAGGAAUGCCAGUGGGAAGAUUGAGUUUUACCAAGAUCCUCUGUUGUACAAGUGCUCUUUCAGGACACGGCUUCACUUUACUUAUGACAACAUCAAUUCUAAGAUCCCAUCAGUCAUCAAAAUUCAAACAAUGGUUGAAAGUCUGAAGUUGUCAAUCACUGAUCAGCAGUUACCAAUGUUCAUCCGAAUAUUGGAGCUGAUCAUUGCUCUCUACUAUGGAGAAAUUGGAGGGCACAAAGAUGGAGAAGAAGAGGGAGUUGGCCAUGCCAAAGAAGCUGCAUUAAAUUUGUCUGGUAUGGAUGUGAACAUGGAUAGCUCUAUGUCCAGUCCAGACAUCUACAUGCACUCAGGGGAGCCAGACGAGGGCUGGGUGUCCUGGGCUUGGUCCUUUGUCCCAGCUAUUGUAGGAGAGGAGGAAGGUGAAGAAUACCUUCAUCAAGAUCAAGAAGAAGGAGGCAGUGAAAAAAUUCUUCAUCACCACACUCCUAAAGACCCCAUAGUGUCUAUUGGUUUCUACUGUACCAAGGCUUCAAUUACGUUCAAAUUGACUGAGACCCAGUCAGAAAGCAGCUAUUACAGUCCUCAGAAAGUCAAGUCCAGAGAGGUGUUGUGUGUGGAAAAAGAAGGAAUUACUAUUGAGGUGCUGAUGAUGGGAGAACCCUUCUUCAAUUGUCAGAUUGGUUUUGUGGGCUGUCAGGCUUUGUGCCUGAAAAGCAUCAUGGGAGUUCAAGACUUUGAGGAAAGCAUGAACCGACAUGAAAAGGAUGCUGUGUUCUUCACAUGUGGUGACAGCCUCAGCAGUAAAGGAAUGACAUACCUUACGAACUCCCUGUUUGACUAUAGAAGUCCAGAGAAUAACGGAGUGAGAGCAGAGUUCAUCCUGGAUGCUGCUCGUCAUAAGGAGACCUACACCGAGAUAGCUGGCAUGCAGCGUUUUGGUGCUUUCUACAUGGAUUACCUCUACACAAUGGAGAACAGCAGUGACAAAGAUACGCAGGAGAUUUCACUUAUGAGUGUGGAGGAGGUUGUCCCAUCCUUUCAAGAGACGUCGAUUAAGCGGCUUGUAGUUGGGCCUCUGGACAUUAGGCUUCAAAGCAGUGCAAUUCACCGUAUUCUCAAGAUGGUUACAUGUGCCAUGGAUCACGAGUACGAGCCCUACUGCAAACCCCAGCAAGAAGCCAUUGAGGAGAGGCAUACUUCACCUACCGCUGAAGAAAUUGCCAAAUUGGAAGCGUUUAUUCCAUCGAGAUUGACAUGUCUCACUUUUCAUCAAGUGUGUCUGACUAUAUCGAUGGCAGAAUUCAACCUUCUACACACACUAAUGCCUGUUAUCAUGGGGCAAAAGGUUGCUCAGUUUCCUUUGCAAAUACCAGUGUUUCAGGCUGUACGGCCUCUUCCGUCGGUACAGUUCACAGUGGAAAAAGUGAAUGUCGAACACUCGUUGCCUAUGUAUGGUCCUGAACUGAUCAGCACAGUUAGCAGUCUGAGCCAGCCUUCAGACAACCUCCUGCAUCACUGCUAUGCACAUCUCUACCUCAAGGUAUUUGGUUUUCAGACUGGUUUGACGUGUCAGAACAGCAUCGGGGGCUUCCUCCCUCUCAUCCCCAUCAUACCUGCCUUCAGUACUGCUCUUUACGUCAAACUGAUACAGCUGCCGGGAUACUGGACCAAGCGACCUUCAGUACAGACAGCAGAGUGUAUCUUUGAGCUUCCUCACUUCACUCUACAGGCCACCAGAGCCCAGACACUACUGCUUCAGGCCAUUUACCAAAGCUGGAUGCACAGUGUGGUGUCUGGAGUUCCACAACCGCUCAGCGAGAGUCUUCUCCAGGAGGUUUUCAAAGCUCCAGGUGUGAAAUCUCAAGGCCUGUCACCAACUCUCGAGGGCUCGCUCCAAAACCUGGAGUUGAAAUUGUGCAGUCGUGCGACGGUGAAAUGUGCGUCUGGGACCGUGGGAGCUGUAAAAGUGUGCGCCAGGACUCCAGGUUCGGCAGAGGGAGUGAAGGAGAAGCUGGUUCCUCUGAUCCAGGGCCCUUCUGACACCAAAGAGCUGCACAUGAGCCGUUGGCUUAAUGAGAUCCGCAAGCCCGAAUCUUUGCUGGCCCCUGACCUGCUGGCGUUCUCUGUGCAGGUCCCGCACAACACAGAUGAUUGCAGGAACUCCGGUAAGAAGUGUUAA